AUGAGUCUAAGUGUGUGUCUGACUGUGCGUAUGUUUGAGUGUGUGCGUGUGAAUGCGAGUUUAAGUGUGUGUCUGACUGUGUGUGUAUGACUGCGUGUGUGUAUGUUUGAGUGUGUUUGUGUAUAUUUACGUUUGUGUGUGACUGUGUGUAUGUUUGAGUGUGUGUGUAUGUGAGUCUAAGUGUGUGUCUGACUGUGUCUUUAUGUUUGAGUGUGUGUCUGUCCACGCUGCUGCUGCUGCAAAGCGAUCGGGAGCGAGCCUGUGCUGCGGGGGCGCGCGUAGAUUCUGCUGCGAGUGGGCGCGAGAGCUGCAGCAGCGCGCGGGGGAACCGGGUCCGCGCGGGAUGUCGGUUCUGGGUUUUAUUAUGGAAGCGUCGGUCUGGUUCAGACUCGGGGCGGCGGCUCGACCUGCAGAACCUCCGUCCAAACACGCGGGCUGAGCACUCCGGAUCCGCGCGCACACACACAGAUGCAUUAAAAUUGCUGACAUAAUGGAGGAAAAAGAAGAUAUGUAGAUUAGACCUUUGCUGCAGGUCCAGCACUUCCACCAUGAUCUGUAACAGCAGCUCUGGAUGUGGUAUAUUGGAGCCUCACACCAUCAAACAUGUAACAAAUUUAACAGAGCUUCAGGGGGCCACAAGAACUCCCUUAUCCAUCACUGUCAAGGUUGCCCUGUCUGUCGUGAUGGUGGUCAUCAUCACUGUUGGUUUUCUCGGCAAUUCCGUCGUCUGCCUCAUCGUCUACCAGAAGCCGGCAAUGCGUUCCGCCAUAAACCUGUUGCUGGCGACCCUAGCGUUUACAGACAUCAUGCUGUCGCUCUUCUGCAUGCCUGUGACAGCGGUCACCGUGGUCUCUGAAGACUGGCUCUUCGGGCCGGACUUCUGCCGCAUCACAGUUAUGCUCUAUUGGCUCUUUGUCCUGGAAGGGGUGGCCAUUCUCUUGAUCAUCAGUGUGGACCGCUUCCUCAUCAUCGUGCGGCGGCAGGACAAGCUAACCUCAAGCCGUGCCCGCCUACUGAUUGUCGGCUCUUGGCUGCUGUCCUUCUGCUUGGCCCUGCCAUCGGCAGCCAGCUGGACCGACAUGGAACCCUUGGGUUCCAAUCCCCGGCGCUGCAUCCUGGGAUACAUUGAGUCUAUCCCGGAACGCGGAUACACGGUUCUGCUUGCAGCUGCUGUGUUCUUUAUACCCGUGAGCGUCAUGCUGUUCUCCUACCUGCGGAUCCUCAACGCUGUCCGGCGCAACGCCCUGCGCAUCCACAACCACACCUGCCCCGGACAGGAGCAGGGAGGCAAGGCAGCUCUGGCGGUGCUGCGGCGUCCCCCACAGCUCAGUGUGGAUAUGAGCUUCAAGACCCGUGCCUUUACCACCAUCCUCAUCCUGUUCAUCGGCUUCUCCGUCUGCUGGCUGCCCCACACGGCACUCGGCCUGCUCGCCGCCUUCAGCCCCAGGUUCUACCUGAGCACAGAGUUCUACCAGGCCGGCGUGGGAGCACUGUGGCUGAGCUACCUGAAGGCCGUGUUCAACCCGGCCGUGUACUGCUGGAGGAUCCGCAAGUUCCGUGAAGCCUGCGAGGAGUUUGUCCCCAGGAGCUGCAGGCUGCCCAGGGUCCCGGGACGCAGUAGGCGACGGGUCCGACCCUGCAGUAUCUACGUCUGUGCAGAAACCCAGUCCGCUAUGUGAAACCUCAGCAGCCUGGUUUGGAGACAUUGUUCUCUGUGCUGUUUGGUCUGAGGCUGUUCUGAGGUUGUUUUGUGGUUAUAUUAACUCACUGUCCAGGACAGUUUCUUCCAAAAGCAUCAGAAAAGACCAACAGAUCACCAGAAUUAUUAAUAGGGGUGUCAAUCAAAGUCAGACAUUUCAAAUAAGGGUGAAUUUUUUUUUAAAGGUUUUUAUAAAGGUUCAGAUGCUGUUCAUACACCCAUCAUAUCAACCUUAUUCUGCAUGAUAAAGGAGGAGCCCUCAUUUGUUCAUUGAUAGAUUACAUCCACAGCAACAAUAACCGUACAGCACAAGUAGUAUAUUAUGACAGUUAGAAUAUGAUAAAAAUUUUGCAUAAUUACCAGCAGAACUCAAAAAGAUUGCGAUGUUGUGGGACUCUAUACAGGGAUUGGACAAUGAAACUGAAACACUUGUCAUUUUAGUGUGGGAGGUUUCAUGGCUAAAUUGGAGCAGCCUGGUGGCCAAUCUUCAUUAAUUGCACAUUGCACCAGUAAGAGCAGAGUGUGAAGGUUCGAUUAGCAGGGUAAGAGCACAGUUCUGUUCAAAAUAUUGCAAUGCACACAACAUUAUGGUGGACUUAACAGAGUUCAAAAGAAGACAAAUUGUUGGUGCACGUCUUGCUGGUGCAUCUGUGACCAAGACAGCAAGUCUUUGUGAUGCAUCAAAAGCCAUGAUAUCCAGGGUAAUGUCAGCAUACCACCAAGAAGGACGAACCACAUCCAACAGGAUUAACUGUGGACGCAAGAGGAAUAUGUCUGAAAGGGAUGUUCGGGUGCUAACCCGGAUUGUAUCCAAAAAACAUAUCCAAAUCACGUCCAGAAUUCAAUGUGCACCUCAACUCUCCUGUUUCCACCAGAACUGUCCGUUGGGACAAUAAAUUAUUGUGGUCUAAAACCAGGUGUAUCAGUUUCAUUUUCCAACCCCUGUAACUACAUAUAACUUAUGUGUGUUUAAAGUAGUUUAAAGUAGUUUAGAACAUCCACCCAAAUGUCCAUUCGUCUGCUCUUACCAUUCUGUGGAGGUAAAGCAAUACUAGAACAACCUGCAGCCCACACUCUGUGGAUAUAAGUUGGCUAGCAAUGUGGCGUCAACACAGCACUCUGUUUGUGUGUAAAGGAUAGCUAACUAUGCUGUAAAUAGCUGUACAUAAUAUCAAGUGGGCAGUUGGAAUGUCAGGUUAGCAUAGUUAGCUAAUUUAUGAUCAGUGCUAAAAAGCAGGAGCUACAUUCAGACUACAUUCACUUUACAUAUGAUACGACCAGAAACCAUUUCAUAUUAAAUAACUGGAAACUCUUACAGUAAACAUUGCAGAAUAAGGUGGAUAGACACUGUUCCAAAACAUUUGAACACAACUUUGAACAUUUCACAGCAGAAAUGCUUCACAAUGACAUGGAUAUAAAAUAAGAUCUGUACAUUAACUUGCGUAACACAAAAAAAACCUGUUUUGCCUUCUCCUGUAAAAUUGUAACUACUGUUUUUAUUUAUUUUUUUGUAUAAAGAAAAUAUGACAUCAGGAAAAAGACAAACAAAAUGAGCCUUAACUAAAUAACCACUACAGCAACUUUACAACUUAACGCUCAGCGCUGCAUACCUCCAGCAUCACAUUUGGAGACUUCUGGACACUAUAUGAUACUUUUAGACACCAUACAACACUGCUGGACCCGUCUGGAGAGUGUACAACAACUGCUGGACACUAUACAAGACUGCUGGAGAUUGUACAACACUUUUGGACAGUGUGCAACACUGAUGGACACUGCUCAACACUGAUGGACACUGUACAACACUGCUGGAGACUGUCUGACACUGCUGGACACUGUACAACACUGCUGGAGACUGUCAGACACUGAUGGACACUGUACAACACUGCUGGAGACUGUCCGACACUGAUGGACACUGUACAACACUGCUGGAGACUGUCCGACACUGAUGGACACUGUACAACACUGCUGGAGACUGUCUGACACUGAUGGACACUGUACAACACUGCUGGAGACUGUCCGACACUGCUGGACACUGUACAACACUGAUGGACACUGUACAACACUGCUGGAGACAGUCACUGAUGGACACUGUACAACACUGCUGGAGACAGUCACUGAUGGACACUGUACAACACUGCUGGAGACAGUCACUGAUGGACACUUUACAACACUGCUGGAGACUGCCAGACACUGAUGGACACUGUACAACACUGCUGGAGACAGUCACUGAUGGACACUGUACAACACUGCUGGAGACUGCCCGACACUGAUGGACACUGUACAACACUGCUGGAGACUGUCCGACACUGCUGGACACUGUACAACACUGAUGGACACUGUACGACACUGAUGGACACUGUACGACACUGCUGGAGACUGCCCGACACUGCUGGAGACUGCCCGACACUGCUGGAGACUGCCCGACACUGCUGGAGACUGCCCGACACUGAUGGACAUUGUACAACACUGCUGGAGACAGUCACUGAUGGACACUAUACAACACUGCUGGAGACAGUCACUGAUGGACACUGUACAACACUGCUGGAGACAGUCACUGAUGGACACUGUACAACACUGCUGGAGACAGUCACUGAUGGACACUGUACAAAACUGCUGGAGACUGCCCGACACUGAUGGACACUGUACAACACUGCUGGAGACUGCCCGACACUGAUGGACACUGUACAACACUGCUGGAGACUGCCUGACACUGAUGGACACUGUACAACACUGCUGGAGACUGCCUGACACUGAUGGACACUGUACAACACUGCUGGAGACUGCCUGACACUGAUGGACACUGUACAACACUGCUGGAGACUGCCUGACACUGAUGGACACUGUACCUAUAUGGACCUUACUGGAUACUAUACAAGACUUCUGUACACUUUGACACUUCUGGACCCUGCUGGACACUAUUUAAGACUUAUGGACACUAUAUGACACUGCUGGACACUUCUGGAACCUGGUGGACACUAUUUAAGACUUCUGGACACUAUAUGACACUGCUGGACACUGGUGGACACUAUAUGACACUUCUGGACUCUGCUGGACACUAUAUGACACUUUGGAUUGAAGUGGAUUGAAGUAUUAUUAUCAGAAGUUAUGCACAAAGUGAUUGGAGACCCGAGAUCAUAAGCGUUGUCAUGUUUAUUAAAAUGAAGGUCUUUACAUUUUGUA